AUGAGCUCCCUUGAUUCAGAUACCGUCGCCUUGAUUGAAUCUGAGAUGGCCGAACCAGCGGAAGCUGUUUCUACAAUUGAAGGGUCAAUUGAAGACACUACAGAUCCAUCAUCUAACACAGCGAAGGGUUUGCGAAUCGAAGAGGGGACAACUGUUGCUGAGCUCGCUGCGACACUUGAAUUGCAGCCUUCUGCAUUGAUUAUGCAACUCAUGAAAUUAAAGACUAUUGAGGCAAUUAACCACGCAAAAGCUGCUAAAGUCCCCAUUGUCGUCGCGAUUAACAAAAUAGAUGUACCUGGCGCGCGUCCAGAUUAUAUCAAACAACAAUUAUCAGAACAUGAACUCGUUCCUGAAGACUGGGGUGGGCAAACAAUUUGUGUUGAGACUUCCGCUAUAGACGGAACAGAAGCGGGCGACAAAUUCUAUGCCAUUGAAUCUGAUAGGGAUGCUCGUACGAUCAGUGAAACCCGUCAGGAUCAGUACCGUACCGAAAAACUCGGCGAGAACAGCCAUGUCAGUUUGGAAAACCUAUUCCAACAGAUUCAGGAAGGCGAAAUUAAAGAAUUAAAUGUUGUGCUUAAAGGGGACAUGCAAGGGUCGGUACAAGCGGUUGCCUCAUCGCUGCUCGAAUUGAGUACCGACGAAGUUAAAAUCAACAUUAUCCACCAGGCAGUCGGCGGUAUUACUGAAACCGAUAUUUUGCUUGCCUCUGCAUCUAAUGCUAUUGUCGUCGGUUUCAACGUUCAUCCUACAACGGAAGCAGUGCAAGCCAAGGAAGCUGAAGGUAUUGAUGUUCGGACCUACAACGUAAUUUAUAACCUCAUUUCCUAUAUCCAUUCGGCGAUGGAAGGCUUGCUUGAUCCUGAGGUGCGAGAAGUCGUUAUCGGACGGGCAGAGGUUCGCGAAUUGUUUAAGGUGCCCCGUCUCGGUGUAGUUGCUGGCAGCUAUGUCAAUUGGGGACGAAUCUCUUCCAACCAACCGCUUCGUAUCCUUCGCGAUAAUCGCUUGAUUCACGAAGGGAAAGUCAAUUCGCUGCGUCGAUUCAAGGAUAAUGUAAACGAAGUACAAGCGAACUAUGAAUGUGGUAUAGGCAUAGAGACAUUUGAAGACCUACAGAUCGGUGAUGUUCUUGAAUGUUAUGUCCAUGAACAAAUCGCGCGUUCGCUUUCCUAA